AUGGCCACCGCCGACAUCCGCGUCUCCAUCGGGUACCAGACCCGCUUCGCGCUCCGCCUCGCCGCCGCGCUCUCCUCCCCUUCCGCCUCCCCCGCCGUCCCCGCCAGCAACGCCGCCUUCUCCCCGCUCUCCCUCCACGUCGCGCUCAGCCUCCUCGCCGCCGGCGCGGUCGGCGCCACGCGCGACCAGCUCGCCGCCACCCUAGGAGGAGGCGACGCGCCCGCCGCGGCCGAGGGCCUCCACGCGCUCGCCGAGCAGGUGGUGCAGCUCGUGCUCGCCGACGGGUCCGGCGCCGGCGGCCCGCGCGUCGCCUUCGCCGACGGCGUCUUCGUCGACGCGUCUCUCAAGCUCAAGCCGGCCUUCGAGGAGGUCGCCGUGGGCAAGUACAGGGCCGACACCCAGUCCGUCGAUUUCCAGAAAAAGGCAGCACAAGUUGCUGGUGAAGUGAACUCCUGGGUAGAGAAAGUGACCUCAGGUCUAAUCAAAGAGCUGCUGCCACCGGGAUCUGUUGAUCAGACCGCCAGGCUGGUGGUUCUUGGCAAUGCAUUCUAUUUCAAAGGAGCUUGGACUGAGAAGUUCGACGCAUCUCAGACAAAAGAUGGUGUGUUCCACCUUCUUGAUGGGGGCUCAGUUCAAGCACCUUUCAUGUCCAGCAGAAAGGAUCAAUAUAUUGCGUCUUACGACAACUUUAAGGUGAUUAAGCUCCCUUACCAACGAGGUGAGGAUAAGAGGCAGUUCUCCAUGUACAUACUUCUUCCAGAAGCACGAGAUGGACUCUGGAGCUUGGCUGAAAAAUUGAGCUCUGAGCCCGAGUUCAUGGAGGAGCAUGUCCCGACGAGGAAAGUUCCGGUUGGGCAGUUCAAAGUCCCCAAGUUCAAGUUAUCCUUUGGGUUCGAAGCAACCGAUUUGCUAAAAGGAUUGGGGGUUGAGCUACCAUUUAGCUCAGAAGCAGAUCUGUCAGAGUUGGUUCAUUUGCCAGCAGGACAGAAACAGAACCUGUGUGUUUCAUCCAUUUUCCACAAGUCGUUUGUCGAAGUAAAGGAGGAAGGAACGGAGGCCGCCGCCGCAUCUGCUGUAGUGGUUAUGCUCUGUUCAUUCAGGAUGCCCACGGAUUUCAUCGCGGAUCACCCUUUCCUGUUCCUGAUUCGUGAAGACACAACUGGUGUGCUGCUGUUCGUCGGUCAUGUGGUGAAUCCCCUGCUUGCUCCAUAG